AUGAAAAAAAUUAACCGGAAAGGUUCCCCCCUCUCUCCCUCCCUCCCUCCUCUAACACGUUUGCUUGCUCCCAAUUUGACUCCUGGACUUGCGUUGGGCAUUCAGGAAGCCGAGAUAUCUGCCUCCAUCACUAGCGGCGCGUCCAGGAACUUGGAUACUGCUCAAAAGAGAGGCUCCGCCAUUCUCAAUUUGAAGUGCGUCGAUGCUCAGACAGGACUCAUGGGCAAGACUCUUCUUGAGUUCCAGUCUACCAAAACAGAAAACAGUAAUGCUCUUCCUCUUCCUCCUCACAAGUUUGGCACUCAUGAUGUGGUUGUUCUAAGACCAAAUAAGGCUGAUUUGGGCUCACCUGCUCUUGGACAAGGCGUAGUUUACCGGUUAAAGGACUCAUCAAUCACGGUUGCUUUUGAUGACGUUCCUGAAGACGGAUUAAAUAGUCCCCUACGGCUAGAAAAACUCACAAAUGAAGUGACAUAUCGUAGGAUGAAGGACGCCUUGAUACAAUUGAGUAAAGGUGUGCACAAGGGUCCUGCUUCUGAUUUAAUUUCUGUCUUGUUUGGAGAGAGGGCACCAACCGUGGCCAAGAAGGAAGUCACAUUCUCCCCAUUUAACAAAAACCUUGAUCACUCUCAGAAAGAUGCCAUUUCAAAGGCUCUGUCAUCCAAGAAUGUAUUUUUGCUGCAUGGGCCUCCUGGAACAGGCAUAACCACAACUGUGGUGGAAAUUAUAUUGCAAGAAGUCAAACGUGGAUCAAAGAUCCUUGCAUGUGCUGCUUCCAAUAUUGCUGUUGACAACAUUGUUGAGCGACUGGCACGCCAAAGGUAUUUCACUGCCUAUAUAUUUGAGGAAUUCCUCUUCUAUCAAAAUUUGAGCUCUAUCAAAAUAAAUAGAAGGUGCUAAAUCAGAGCACUAUGUAAUCCUUUCGCUGGCCUUCACUUCCUUUCGUUUAUUUGUUCACAUUUUUUUCAGUGUUUCUCUAUUGUUAAUUUUGGAUACUGCAUACUAACUUCAAAGUUCAGGUUUUUAUUUGUAAUAAGGAACCAAGUUUGAUUUUGAUAUAGGCCACUUUAUAGCACCCCGUUUUGUAGUAUC